UAAGUUAUUAUUUUCGCGACCAUGCUGUAUAUGCCGGCAAUAGCCGACCGCGGGGGUAUAUAUAGCCAAUUGGAUUUUUAUAACAUCACCAUUCAAUCGAGUCACAUCAAACAGCAAACAUGAAAUUUAUCACAGCUAUUGUCGCUUUGGCUGUCGUAGCCCUCGUUGGGGCCGACUCCAACAGCAAAGAAUCAGUAAAACCAGAAAAACGCAGUUUGGGUGAAGAAUACGGAUCACCGGGCUUAGGAUAUGGCUCAGGCUUGGGUUAUGGUUCAGGAUUGGGUUCUAGCAUUGGACUUUCUUCCGGUUACGGUCUCGCUUCUGGUUUGGGAUCAUCAUACGCUUCUGCGUACAGCGGUGCCUCCGCCAUCGGAGUAGCUGCAGCCCCUGCCAUCGGAGUAGCUGCCGCACCAGCCAUUGGAGUAGCUACCGCCCCAGCUAUUGGAGUAGCUGCCGUUCCUGCCGCCUACUCUGUUGCUGCACCAGCACCAGUAGCCAUUGCCGCACCCGCUCCCAUCCCGACCGCCGGACCCAUCGUCCCAGUUUCCAGGGAAGUAUACAUUAUCAACCGUCACGCUCAGCCAGUGUCCGCUCCGUACCCGGUCCCGGUGCAAAGAAAUGUUGCCGUCCCGGUGCCAUCUCCAGUACCUUACCCAGUCGACCGCCCGUACGCCGUUCGUGUAGCCGCCCCGUACCCAGUACCGGUCGAAAGACCAGUACCCUACGCCGUCGACAGGCCUGUGCCACAUCCAGUGCCUGCCCCCUUCCCCGUACCAGUCGUCCAAAACGUUCCAGUGCCAGUGUCCAGACCAUUCCCCGUGCCCGUCGUUAGGCGUAUCCCAGUACCAGUCGCCACACCAGUCGUCAUCCCCGCACCUCAACCCGUCGCUGUCGCAGCUCCGGCUUAUGCCGCACCCGCUUACAGCGGAUAUGGCCUGGGAGCCUCCGGCUAUGGCUUAGGAGCCUCUAGCUACGGUCUUGGUGCUUCCAGCUAUGGUCUUGGUGCUUCCAGCUAUGGUCUUGGUGCUUCCAGCUACGGUCUAGGAGCAUCCAGUUACGGUUUGGGAUCCUCCAGCUACGGCCUGGGAUCCUCCAGCUACGGUUUGGGAGCCUCUAGCUACGGCUCUAGCUACGGUUCCGGAGCCUCCAGUUACGGCUCUAGCUAUGGAUCUGGGUCGUACAGCCCAUCGUUGUCCUCGGCGUCUUACGGAUCAUCCUCAUACAGCCCGUCAUCUUACGGAUCAUCAUCGUCGUUCAGUCCAUCAUCUUACGGUUCUUCUUCACACGGUUCCUCGUCGUACGGUUCGUCUUCAUACGACAGCAGCUCGAAAUACAAGCGUAACACCAAAUAAUUGUACUGUUAUGACAUAAAACCAGUUAUUACCAUCAGUCAAGUUAUAACUGGUCACUCUCGUGUUGUUAUUAUAAAUAAUUUUUUUUUUACUUA